UAUGCUUAGAAUAUGUCCAGUUGAACAUUCAAACAAUGCAUCACAAUCCUACUUAUCAGUUGAUACAAGGGCGAAGCAAGUCACCGUCUUUGACCCCUCUGUUACUGGCUAUCCUACAUCCGCUCAUAGAAGGAAUAUGGCUCCUGCACCUCCUAAAACUUUUUCAUUUGAUGCUAUCUUUGGUCAGGAUGCAAUGCUCUCUGAGAUGAAUUCGACCUGCCUUGUAGAAAUUAUCCAGUCGGUAGUUAACGGUGCCGAUGGUUGUCUAUUCUGCUAUGGUCACGCCAGAUUGGGCAAGACUUAUUCGAUGAUUGGUGUUGAUGAUAAUCCUCAAAAUUUGGGUAUUAUACCUUGUGCAAUAUCUUGGUUAUUCCGCUUAAUACACGAAGAGAAAGAGAGAACGGGAGCACGUUUCUCAGUUCGUGUAUCGGCUGUUGAAGUGAUGGGCAAGCAGGAGACACUUAAGGAUUUAUUAGCGGAGGCCGCUAAUGCUCAAGAGUCAGGCGGUUCAACUGCACCAGGAGUUUAUUUAAGAGAACAUCCAGUGAUGGGUACUCAGUUGGAGAAUCAAAGUGAACUAAGGGCACCAUCGGCUCAUCGGGCAGCUUAUUAUUUAGACGCUGCAAUUGCUGCUAGAACUGUACCGGAAGCAGAGGAGGACGCUAGAAAUUCUCAUUUAUUAUUUACCCUGCACGUUUAUCAGUACAGGCUAGAUAAAGCAGCCGAAAAACCUGGGCAAGCGGGCAGUGGAGUUGCCGGAGGCAGAAGCCGACUUCAUUUAAUCGACCUAGGAAGUUGCGGGAAGAGUAAGGAUGGUGCCGCCCUCAGCUUAUCCUCCCUCGGCAACGUCAUAUUGGCCCUGUUAAAUGGCCAACGCCACGUACCGCAUAGGGAUAGCAAGUUGACGCAACUAUUAAGAGAAGCCCUGGGCAGUUUGUCGUGCAGGGCUUGCUUAGUAACCCACGUUUCACCGUCCAUACACGCCUACAAUGAGACGCUUCAAGUUAUACAAUUGGCGUCUAGAAUUCAUCGGAUGAAGAGGCGAAAAACGAAGAUGACAAAUAGCUCGGAAUCGGGGUCUUCUUGCGAUGAGAGCGUUGGGAGACGAAGGUUAAGAAUGGGCGUUAGAAUGGGCGUUCGAUACUCGAGCGAUUCCGGUCAUGAUUAUUCGUCAAGUUCUGAGCAAUCCUGCGAUACUGUAAUUUACGUCGGAAGGAGGAGUCAAUCACUCAGCGAGAGUACAACUGAUACAGAUACACCGGAAAAGUUAGGAUUAACAAUACCACCGCCAAUGAGUCGAUGUCUGUUAACUGAAACAGUCGACGAAAUUAGAAAACCACCUCCACCUCCUCCUUCUAUGGGUGUAAAAAACUCACCGAGGAAAAGCGCCUUAAAGGCUGCUUGUCGUAACGCAAUGAGAAAAGCAAACGUUUCUUCUAAUCCAACGUCUAAAGAAUGUUGGGUUGACGGACCCCCAUGUUUACAGCCGUUACCAGUUCCGACUGCCUAUUCUCCCCAUCACUACAUCUCUUACCCUGAUCCUCCUCAGGGAACAUAUGUUCCUCCCCCAAUUGGUCGCUAUCUUGACACUUCCCACGAUAAAAAGCCAAAUGAACUAUGGGUCGACGGACCUACUGAAUUUUGUGUUGGUAAUCAAAAAAGUGCUGCCCGUCCAUCGAGGAUGUGGACAGAAAUGUUGCCUUCUAGAAGCCAAUCAGAGAGGCGACCCCCCACUUCUGCAGAAGUGGCUGUACCGCCGACCUCUAAUCGAACAAGGUCAGAGAGUCCACGUAUAACUAGGCCUACAAAACCUGCACCACCUCCCAGAGGCGUCUCUAAAUUGACAACUACCGACGUUAAGCUGGAUGAAUCAUUGAAUACAACGACAGAAUCAUCCGAACCAACGACGACUAGAGAAAGUGUCUAUGAGGCUGACGCCGAUGAACGACUGGAAUGUGUUCAAGAGAACGCCACCUGGCGCAUAAACUGUACGUCACAUAAUUCUUCAUUCCAUGUGCCGACCGAUGGAGAUGACAAGGCGGUUGUUCGGCCCAUGUGCCUACGACGGCCUGACGGGGCGUCGAAUCCUAAUUUACAUAUGCAUGCAGAUGAGAUGGUUCGAGAUAAUGUCGAAGUAACGAAAGACGCUACGGAUGACAUUGAUAAAAAGACGCCAAAUCGGCAAUCUAAAUUGCCAACAUCAAAGAAGGAUAAAAGCAAAAAAGAAAAAGAAUCAAAAUCCGUAGCAUCACCUUCGCCAAAAUUAUCUGCUAAAAGUCGAUUUGGAGCCUUUAUAUCAUCAAAAAAAUCUUCUUCAACUACGUCAACACCUACACCAUCUAAGAAGGCGUCCAAACUACCAACAGUCUCACCGAAAAAGAAUAAUUCCCCUACGAAGAGUGCCUCUUCAUCAACUUCCAGUAAAUCUACUAGGAGUUGCUCCAAAUCGCCUUCUCCUGUUAAAAAAGAAAAGAAGCUAAGCGGACCGUCCAUAGCAUCCCCAUACGCCACAGUUACAGAACCCACAGUUAACGCUCAACGUCACUCGAAAACUGACAUGUCAUCAGGAUACGAGAGUAUGCUAAGAGAUAGUACAAAUACAUCUUCUUCCUCAGCUCAUGCAGAUUCGACAAGUGAAAGUUCUGCUGGAGGUGUAACAGCUGGUUUUGAAUUGAAAGCCUAUAAUUCCAAGGACGUUGAACGUCUACAAUGCAGAGCGAUUAAAGACGAUGGCGUUCGAGCGAGAAGGGCGAGGAUAAGACGUCUUCUCAAUAAACAAGCCACGCUCAAGGACGAGCUACGGUCAGCUAAGGAAGCCUUAAUGAUUGAUCCGUCGACAUGGAGCUACGAUUUGUACGUGGCAGAACAAAUGGACAGAGACGAUCCUCACUACGUUCAGGCACUAGAGAACGAAACCACAAUUUUGGAAAAACGCGUAGCCGCAUGCAAAUCUAGAAUAAUGGUGGUGACAGUUUUUGAUACUUCCGGUUCUCCUCCAGUCACUACUGUUCAAUCGACAAACCGUCAACGAAAGUUCAUAGGUGCUGAAAGUUCCGUUUAA